CGAGAGCGGCCUUAGCAACGGUUUCUGAACUGUGAAGAGUGCGGUUGGGUCGGGUUGCAAGCGGCUGAGAUCAGGAGAUCCCGGCUGAGGGCAUCGUGUAGAGACAUGGCAUCCACAAGUUCAGACCAAUGGAAGAAAACAGCAGCAAAACUUGAAUUGAAUGAAACCCGAAAGCAAGAAAUUAAAGAGGCCUUUGAUUUAUUUGAUGUUGAUAGGUCUGGAACCAUAGAUGUGAAAGAAUUGAAGAUUGCAAUGCAAGCCUUAGGAUUUGAACCAAAGAAAGGAGAAAUUAAAAAAAUAAUAGCAGAAAUCGACAAAGAAGGAAUUGGCACCAUUAGUUUCGAAGAUUUUUUGGCCAUAAUGAGUGUAAAAAUGAGUGAAAAAGAAGAAAUAUUGAAGGGUUUCAAAUUAUUUGCUGAUGACAAUACUGGAAGCAUAACACUAAACAAUAUCAAGAGGGUUGCAAAGGAACUAGGGGAAAAUGUAACACAUGAUGAACUUAAGAAGAUGCUUGAUGAAGCUGAUCGUGAUAGGGAUGGAGAAAUAAAUGAGGAAGAAUUUUUGAGAAUGAUGAAAAAGACCACUCUUUAUUAAUACUUUUUUAAAUUCCUUCUGGAAAUUUAAUAACUUUGUAUUUGUUAUACAGUUCCAUAAUAUCUGAAUGUAUUCAUUUUCAAUGUCUAGUUUAUUUGCACAAAUUGGCGACUUGAUGUGUAAUCUAUACAGGAAGUUAGGCUUCUAUCAACAUGUUGUUAAACAUCUACAGCAUCAAGCAAGAAAAUAUGAUUUCUGUGAACCAUGAAUCCAAAACCAGUAUUAAUUUCCACUGCCAGUUUUGGACUCCCAGGGUCUAAAGACUUAGAAUUUUUUUAAGUUUAAUGAAACUGAGCCCACAUCCAAAUGAAUUUGGCAAUUACUUUCCCUAUUUUCCUUUUGUGCAACUCUUUAAAAACUGAUAAAUAUUUGCUUUUUAAUCAGUUAUUCUGAUAUGUAAAGUAUUAAAUAAAAUUCCCUAGCAACUACUUUAUUUGCUAGUUUUCUUCUUAUAAAGAAAUUAUAAAGCACUUAUACUACCCAGAUUUUCCUGUAAGUUUGACCCUGCAAGUGAGCAUUAAGUGACUCUGUCUUGGGAGGUGGUAGGGAUUUUACAUAUGUUAUCUCAGCUAAUAUGUUACAACUUGGAACCUGGUGGUAUUAGCUCCAUUUUACUACAUGCGAGAAAACUAAAGUUAAGAGAAAUUUAAAAAUUGCUCAAUUGCUCAUAGAUAAUAAAACAUGGGUUGUAAAUCUUGUA